GCGACAAAUGUGGAUAUUUUCAGACAUGCAGCUAGCCAGUUAGCCCAGUAUUUACUAGACCCCUUGUAUAAAUGAUAAAAGUGGAUAAUGGCUGAUUACUGGAAAUCCCAACCAAGAAAGUUCUGCCAGUACUGUAAAUGCUGGAUUGCAGACAACAAGCCAAGUAUUGAAUUUCACGAGAGGGGAAAGAAUCAUAAACAAAAUGUCACCGCCAAAAUCGAAGAGAUUAAAAAGAAAAGCAUUGACAAGGCCAAGAAGGAAGAGAAAAUGUCCAAGGAGUUUGCAGCCAUGGAAGAAGCUGCCAUGAAAGCAUACCAAGAGGAUAUGAAAAGACUACAAGCGGAAUCAGGUGCCUCAGAAGCUCCUGCCCGCAAACAAACAAAAUCUCAGAAAAGCAAGGUGGAUAUUACCACGGUAACCUGCACAAGCAGCAAAUCAGAUGUUUGGGUGCAGGGAACCACAGUAACCUGCACGAGCAGCGAAUCAGAUGCUUGGGUGCAGGGAACCACCGACGAUGGCGUAAUCUACUACUACAACACACUGACUGGAGAGUCUCAGUGGGAGAAGCCAGAAGGCUUUCAAGGUGAAAGUGUGUCACCAGCUACAAAUCAAACUGAGGUAACCUCAGGCAGUGCGUGGAUGGAAGCUCUGAGCCCUGAUGGAUAUACUUACUAUUAUAACACAGAGACUGGAGAGUCUAGCUGGGAAAAGCCAGCUGAUUAUAGUCCUGCCGAGGGAAGUCCCGCCGAGAGAAGUCCUGAUGAGGGAAGUCCCGCCGAGGAGAGUCCUGAUGAGGGAAGUCCCGCCGAGGAGAGUCCUGAUGAGGGAAGUCCCGCCGAGGAAACUGCGGGACAGCAGGUCCCUUCUACAGAACAGCCAGAGUCCCGCUCUGGGGAAGAGGACAGUUCUGAAGCCCGGACAGACACUGCAGAGCAACCAGAGUCCAAACAGUCCCGAGUUCCAAAGAUCAGCUUCCGGAAAAGGAAGGAAGAAACAGCACAGAUAGCAGAGGACGAGGAAAAGGACAAACAGACUGUAGGAUCGUCCCAACCUGCAGAAGACAGAAAAACUCCUGCAAAGAAGGCCAGAACGUUCGCCCCGUAUGGAGAAUGGGAGCAGAUUCAGGAAGAGGAGGAUCCCUACGAGAACGUCGACUUGCAGCUGCCGCAGACGGAAAGCGGGGCCCCGCCCUCCGACGUGCCCGCAGAGCCCAAGGCCAAGUUUAAGGAGCGAACCAUCACCUCGCUGGGAGAAGAGUACAGCUCCAAAGCCACGUUCAAGAAGAGGAAGGCAGAGAACGGAAAGUCCAGGAGCCUCCGUCAGAGGGGGAAGGACGACUGAGAACACGACACCUCCGUGUCUGGUUCCAGGUUCUGGAUGAACUGCAGCAAUGGGAUGAACUGGAUCAGCACAGCUUCUGCUAUUGAUGUUUUUGUCGCACAGAUGAAGUAUCACAAUGUACAUUUUAUUCUGCUGUCACUCUCUCUCUUUUUAAUUUUGGUCUUAACGGAGGUGGUAAUAUUUCAGAUUUUGUUUCCCAUUUUUGAAAAUAUCGUUCUCAAACUGGAAUGAGGAAUUUAACUAACUAUUAAGCAAUUCUCCAUGACUUGAUAAUUUUUUUGUGCAGAUCCAUAUACAUUUCUACGACAAGGAUAUACAUCUUGACUAUGUAUUUAUUUGUAUAAUUUCUAAAGUUUUCUAGAAGUGCAGGCAAAGAUAUCUGCACAUCCCCCACCAAAAGCCAAAAUUCCUCUCCAUACUUCAUUCUUCAAACUGAACUCUUCAAAUUCUGCACAAUUUAUAUAUUAUACAAAUGAGUUACAAAUAAAUGUUUUUUUGACAGA